AUGGAAAAAGAUCAAUAUGAAACCUGGGCCGAGCUUUUCUGCAUCCAUGCUCGCUCUAAUCGAGUCAUGCAUCACAUCGUUCCAUCUACCGGACAAGAGCCACCAGCUGUUACCGAUGCCAAACAUGAACAAUGGUCCACUCUCGAUGCCAUCGUCCUUCAGUGGAUUUAUUCUACUAUUUCUACUGAUUUGUUGAGCACUAUUCUGGAACCUAACUCCACUGCACUGGAAGCAUGGAAGUGCUUGGAAGAUAUUUUUCAAGACAACCAAAAUGCUCGAGCUGUCACUCUUGAGCAAGAGUUUUCUAACACUCGUAUGGAAGAUUUUCCUAAUGUAUCUGCUUACUGUCAGCGCCUUAAGAUGCUUUCUGAUCAGUUGAGAAAUGUAGGCUCCCCUGUCAACAAUCAUCGUCUGGUCCUUCAGCUGAUCUCUGGUCUCCCAGAAGCUUACCGCAGUGUUGCUACUUUGAUUCGCCAGAGCAACCCUCUUCCGGCGUUCUAUCAGGCUUGUUCGAUGCUCACUUUGGAAGAAGCUGGUAUGGCUAAAAUGGCAAACACAAGAUCUCAUGCUGCCAUGCAUACCACUCAGCCAAGACCUACUGAAGACACCUCUCAGCGUGGCUACCGCCGCCCCAACAAUCGUUCUCGCUCCCGUGAAAUUCAGGGCCAUGGCGGGGGACGGGGUAACCGCAGUGCACCUCAAACUGGAGCUCCCAAUGUCCCCUCACCUUGGUCUACUCCUCCUUGGCAACAGCAACAGCAAUACUCAGCAUGGCAACCAUGGGGUUGGGCUAUGCCACCGUGUCUGUAUCCCACCUCUCAGUGGACACGCCCUGCUGGUCCUCCUAAGCAGCCGGGUAUUCUAGGGUAG